UGCCAAAGAUAAACAUUACUGUCCACCUUCUUCUUGUGGAAAUAAUUCGAAUAUUAGCUACCCUUUCAGAUUAAACACAGAUCCGCCAUAUUACUGUGGAAUGACUGCAGAUCCAGUAUAUAAUCUAUCCUGUGAGAACAACCUUACAGUAUUGUACUCUGAUCAAUCAAGAAAAUUCUACGUGAAAGCAAUCAAUUAUGACAAUCAAACAAUUCGAGUUGCUGAUGCUAGUUUUGAAGAAGGGAGCUGCUCCAUACCUCAAUAUUCUUGGAACGCCUCUAACUUCUCAACGUUUUCACAAGAUUAUUCUUAUUAUUAUUAUUAUUAUUAUUAUUAUUAUGCCUAUGAUGUUUAUUUUUGGGAGGAUGUUCUUUUCAUAAGUUGUGGAAAUCUUGUAAGUGAUCCUCUUUAUGUGGAAGCUCCUGCCUGCAUCAAUGACAGCUCUUUCUCCACACCUUAUAGGCCUAAAUCUGAAGGCAAAAGGUAUUAUUAUGUGAAAAUUGGAAGGCCAACUCCACUUGAGUUAAAACCAUCAUGCCGUAUUGAGCUAAUGGCACUUACACCUUUCAUACGGAAGAAGAAUUACGAGAACCUCUCCUACCUGGACAUCCACCAUUGGUUAGCGUAUGGAAUUGAGUUGUCGUGGAGAGAAGCUUCGUGUGGAAAGAGGCAUUUUUACCGCAUUAAUGACGCAAACCACUGUGUUUCUUAUUUUGGUGCUGCAUAUCUGGACAACCCAGUUUACAAGGUUGUCAGGACAGCUGUAUAUCGGCUGGCUGAUUAUUUACCUGGGUUCCCAUUGCCCUACAUAUAUAUAAAUAUCAAUGUGGCUGAUUAUGUGGGAGUUAUUAUUGUGUUUUGUUCAGCUAUUGUUUGGUUUUUGAUCUUAUGGCAUGGAGCAAUAGCUAUUCUUGGAAUUCCAAGUUUCAUCAUAUUUUUGGCCUUCAAAUGGAGGAGAAGGCAUUUAUCCAUGUAUAAUUCUAUUGAAGAAUUCUUGCAAAGCAACAAUAAUCUCAUGCCUGUAAGGUAUUCUUACUCAAAAAUCAAGAAAAUGACCAAUGGUUUUAAGGAGAAAUUGGGUGAAGGAGGUUUUGGUCAAGUUUACAAAGCAAAGCUGCAGAGUGGUCGCUUUGCAGCAAUAAAGAUAUUGGGCAAAUCAAAAGCUACAGGGCAAGAUUUUUUCAAUGAAGUUGCUACCAUUGGAAGAAUUCACCACAUCAAUGUGGUACAAAUGAUUGGCUUUUGCGUUGAUGGAUCAAAACGUGCCCUUGUGUAUGACUUCAUGCCUAAUGGUUCUCUUGAUAAACAUAUUUUCUCUGCAGAAGGCAAUAUUGCAAGUUUGGGUUGGGAAAAUCUAUACAAGAUUUCUCUAGGAGUGGCUCGUGGAAUUGAGUAUUUACACCGAGGUUGUGAUAUGCAAAUCUUGCAUUUUGAUAUCAAGCCGCACAACAUUCUUUUAGAUGAGAACUUCACUCCAAAAAUCUCAGAUUUUGGUCUUGCAAAGUUAUAUCCAGCUAAAGGUAACACUGUGCCCUUGACUGCAGCAAGAGGAACUUUUGGAUAUAUGGCACCUGAGCUGUUUUAUAAAAACUUAGGAAGUAUCUCUUACAAAGCUGAUGUAUAUAGUUUUGGUAUGUUAUUGAUGGAAAUGGCAAGCAGAAGAAAGAAUACGAACCCAUUUGCGGAGCAUUCGAGUCAGAUCCACUUUCCUUCAUGGGCAUCAGGGCAAUUGAACAAAGGAAUGGAGCUAGAAAUAAGAGAAGCCACGAAAGAUCAAAAAAGAAUUGCAAAGAAAAUGAUCAUUGUAGCGUUGUGGUGUAUACAGAUGAAGCCAAUUGAUCGCCCUUCAAUGAACAAAGUCAUAGAGAUGCUUGAAGCAGAAGUUGAGAGCUUACAAAUGCCUCCCACCCCUUUCCAACUUUAUCCCCAUGCAACACAAGAUGAUGUUACAGAGAAAACCUCCCUCACAGAAUCUACUAGUUUCUCUUCAUGCAAUGACAUAGAGAUUGAGUCCAUUAGUUUACUUGGAAAUGAAAAUUAAGUGGGAUGGUAAUGAAGAAGCUUGUAUUUGUAUUAGAUUUGCUUCCUUUACAGCAUAACCAAGGCAAUGAAUUUGGUGUUGCACUAGUAUGUUUGGCAUCCUAAUAGUUAUGUAUAUUUUGAAGUGCAUGAACUAGUUCUAAUUAUUUUGCCUAUAAAAUCAAUUGAAGAAU